UAAAUCUUUUUUUUAGAAGAAAUAAUAUUUAUUAACAAGAGAAAUAUUGAUAAUAUACUCUAGCGAAAAAUAGCAUGGAAACUCCGAACUUCACACCACCUUCCUAUAAUCUUAAUCUCAAUAAUAAUAAUGAACACGGAUCAGAUCAUCUGGUAGAAAACGAUGCGUCAUUAUACGGUACCAAUCCCGCGGAGACUAUUAUUUACAGGAAAGAUACCAAUAAAAAUUCAAUAGGCUUUAAAUUAUUGGAGGAGAAUUUAUGGCUCAAAUUUAAUUCGUUAUGCAACGAGAUGAUCGUCACAAAAAAUGGCAGGCGAAUGUUCCCGAUAUUGAAGAUUAAUAUAUCCGGAUUGGAUCCAGAUUCAAUGUAUUCGGUAUUGGUCGAUUUUGUUCAAUUAGAUGAACACCGUUGGAAAUAUAUACGAGGUGAGUGGAUACCUGGAGGUAAGCCUGAACCGUUGGUUCCGUCUAUGUAUUUACAUCCUGACUCACCAAAUUUCGGCUCUCAUUGGAUGAAGGAACCAUUUACCUUCAGCAAAGUUAAACUGACUAACAAAUCUAACGGAGGAGGACAGAUUAUACUGAAUUCUUUGCAUAAAUAUGAGCCUCGAAUCCAUAUCAUGAAAGUGGGGAUGAAAAAUGAGAAAAGAACUAUAGCUAUCAAAAAAUUUCCACAGGCCUCAUUUAUCGCUGUAACCGCUUACCAAAAUGAAGAAAUAACCUCCCUAAAAAUAAAGUUUAAUCCCUUUGCCAAAGCUUUUCUUGACAAUAAAGACCGUUCCUAUUCAAGCGGAGAGGAAAAUGAAAACCAAAUGAAUAAUUGGUACUAUGAUCCUCUUCAGACAAAAAAGUGUCCAUCUACCGAUUCGUUUAACACUGCGCAAACGUAUUAUAAAGAUAUCGCGAGAGUCAACAAAAAUAAAAGACCGCUGGAAAUUAGCGAUAAAGAUGACAACAGUAGUAACGAUGGUUACCUUAAUAACAAUAGAAAGAUUCAUACCGCCGCCAAAUCCAGAGAAAAUUAUUCGUCGGUUAUCAAUUAUUCGGAAUCUCAAAUACCUAAUUACGACACUGAAUCUUCUUACUCGAUUGAUCAGCAAAAAGUGCCAUUCACCGAGAAUAAUCCCUUGUACAUGUAUUCAUCAUUAGAAACGAAAGAGCCUUCUUAUAUAAACUCUGUUUCCGUCAGUAACUUUAGUAAUUAUUCGGACACAAAUUAUAUCGAACCAUUUAACCUUACUAACGAUAUUUCCUCUUUAGUAUCUUAUAGUAACAAUGCUUACAACAAAAUAUAUCAAGGCGAGGGGGAAGAUUUGACGUAUCCCACGCAAUCUCCAUUUAGAAAUGUGGUAGGGGGACAUCAUAACGUGACAUCCCAAUAUCUUUAUACCACAAAAAAACAGGACAGUUUAAAGGAGGAAUCCGCUGGCGGCUAUACCACUUCUUCGUCUAAAAAUUCAAAUUUUUUUAAUGUCAGUUGUUUGUCUACAACUUCGCCCAACAUUUUAGGCUUGUUUGAUCAAAAGGUUUCGGAUACUAACGCUUUCUCCAUAAAUAAUAACAACGAUUUUUCUAAAGAGACCAACCAAUCGAAUAUGGAUUCCUCUUCAAAAUACCUUAAAAAUACCUUGAAUUUUUACGAUAACUCGACAACGUUUAACAACUACAAUUACCAUUAUUUGGCCGCUAAAAAUCAUUCUUACCCACACUUUAACAACCCCAUGUAUAAUGUGUACGAUAAUCAAACACAGUAUACCUCUUCUUGCGACCCUAAUUCUUUAAGUUCGUUGAGUUAUAAUUCGAUGUAUUACAACGCGCCAAUUUAUUUUGAUAACAAUUUUGAUUUAGUCACGGUAAACGACGCUUUGAUGUCGCCUUACAAUUGGCAAUUAUUAAAUAAAUCCUCCCUGUUGAGUGAUUCUUUGCCAUCCAAUCAAUUUUAUAAUGAUCCCGAUCAAUCUACUAUUUUGACAGAUAUUUGUGAAAAGGAUUUAAUUUUGUGUAAUAAUACCAACGAAAUUCCUGUCAACUCAACGAUUAAUAAUAAUAGCGAUGCUACCGCAAAUAUUGUGAAACAAAAUCUCCGAAACGAUUGCCAUAUAUCAGCGAUGCAUUCUGCUGACAAAAUUAUUUAUGGAAAAAAUUCAAUCAAAGAUUAUAAUGCUCUAAACUUUUCGAGAUUACUGAGCUGGGCUCCAUUACCUUUGAAUUAGCAUGAAUAAAUAGAUAAAGUUUUUUUUUACAUUUUGUAUUUAAUAAUAAAAAUUAGAAAAUUUUAAAAUCACCAUAUUUAUAAAAUGAAAAGACUCUCAAACAAUGCUGUUUGUUUUACUUUAUUUACUUAUAUUAUUCAUUUACUUUAUAUGAUAUUUGA